AUGGAUAACCUGUGCAAUGAGAUACCUUAUCCACAAGAAUUCAAUGUGACAGAGCAAAGUAAUGAUAACUUCAGUGCAAUAUCUGAGUACCAACAACAACCACAACAAGAACCAUUUUACCAUCAAGAAACGAUGCAUGAACAGAACUUGAAUGUUCCAUCGUUUUCACAACAACCACAACAAGAACCAUUUUACCAUCAAGAAACGAUACAUGAACAGAACUUGAAUGUUCCAUCGUUUUCACAACAACCACAACAAGAACCAUUUUACCAUCAAGAAACGAUGCAUGAACAGAACUGGAAUGUUCCAUCGUUUUCACAACAACCACAACAAGAACCAUUUUACCAUCAAGAAACGAUGCAUGAACAGAACUGGAAUGUUCCAUCGUUUUCACAACAACCAAACUUCAAUCAAUACACUGCGCCAUCAAACUUAUAUACAAUAGAACCAUCUGAAGUUCUAAUAAUACAGCAACAACAACAACAACAACAACAAGCAUUCGAAACUUUUUCAUCUCCAUCAACGCAGCCGAAAUCGUAUGAAACAAAUUUGGAUGAUACUUUCGCUCUAAAAGCGUCUUCAACUGUCUCUUCACCCAGUGAGCCUCAAACAUUGCCAGUUUCAAACCAAAGCAAAACAACAAAAUCGAAAGAGCAAAAACAAAAAUUUUUUACAUUAAGACGAUCAAAGUCUAACGCAGCACAAUUAAAAAAUGAAUUAAAAAGUUGUGAUGCAGCAGCUACAUCUAAAAUUAGCAAAGAUACAGAUUCUGAUGGUAGUGAUUUUAGUGAUGCAGAAAAUCAGCCACAAUCAAAUGCCGAUUUAAGUUCUUUGCCCGGUGGACAUUUGCAACAAAACCGACCUACUACAGGUGAUUUAACAACUAAAGCUGCACCUCGAGCUCGGUUUUUUGAUCGUCAUGGCCUUGAUAAUUAUUUGCUCAAUGGUUUCAAAACAAAAUCAGAUGAACAUGUUGAUAUUGCCUUCAACGAAUAUGAAGGAAUUGUUUAUUGGGCAAAUAAUGCAUCUAUUCCGCCGUUUACCGUUAAAAUAGAAGAUCCAAUACGAUCUACAAAGUUGGGCGGGUUGAAAGCUUUUAUGGAAUAUAAAAUUCAAGCACAAAGAUCAGGUGGAAAACUGGUAGGAAGACGUUAUAAACAAUUCGUUUGGUUACAGGAGCAGUUAGCUUUAAAGUAUCGUUUUAUAUGUAUACCACCAUUGCCAGGCAAACAAAUUGCUGGACGAUUUGAACAAGAAUUUGUUCAAGAACGCAAACGACAACUCGAAGUAUGGUUGAAUAGAAUAUGUCGACAUCCUGUUCUCUGUGCCUCAUUUCCUGUGAAACAUUUUCUUACCUGUGAAUUAUCAGAAAAAACUGUUAAAGAUUGGAAGGUUGGAAAACGGAAAAUUGAAAAAGAUGAACUGAAAGAAGCGCAAUGGCUUGCAUGUGUUAGUCUUAAUGGUACAGGACAAUCAGAUCAGCAAAUCCUACAACAAAUUGAUAUAUUCGCUCAACAACAAUCAGCUCUGGAAACUCAGUUGAAAAAUGUGAUUCAAGGUUUUACAAAAUAUUCAGAGCGUCACACAGAAGUGUACGAGAAAGAUAUUCAAAAGGUUGGCGACUUGUUUAAUAAACUGCAUAAAGCAUUGCAGAUCGAUACAACAACUGCCGAUAAAGACUUGUCAAGUUCGAUUCAAUUGAUAGGACAAUCGUAUGAAAACAUUGCAGAAUUUUAUAAAAGUCAGGCUAUUGGAAGUUUACGAGAUUUUCUUGAUCAUAUUCAAGAAUAUCUUGGAAUUGUACAAUGUUUUCCAGCUAUUUUAAGUAUUCAUCGGAAUUCGAGCGAUUUUAUGAAGAAUAUUCAACAACGUUCUCCGAACACGCCCGAUUUUAGUAAUGCAAUACAUCGUAAUCAUGUUCUCAAUCACGUUGUGUUAGCUGAAAUUAAUUUUUUCAAUAGUGAGAAAGUAAAAGACUUUAAUCAAAUAAUGAAGACACUAAUUGGUCAACAAAUCAAAUUUUAUGAAGAUAUUACCUCUCAAUUGCGAAAUGCACACAAUUCAUUCAAAUAA